AUGGCCGUGCUAAUUUCUUUGAUUUUACUCGCUCUUCCUUUUCCCUUUGCUUCCAAUAAUUGGACCUAUUAUCCAAAAAAAUUGUCGGCCUACGAAUGUGGUUUCGAUCCUUUGGGUGAUGCUAGAAGUUGUUUUGAUAUACAAUUUUAUCUUGUUUCCAUUUUAUUUAUUAUUCAUGAUCCGGAAGUAACAUUUUCCUUUCCUUGGGCAGUACCUCCCAACAAGAUUGAUCCAUUUGGAUCUUGGUCUAUGAUGGCCUUUUUAUUGAUUUUGACGAUUGGAUCUCUCUAUGAAUGGAAAAGGGGUGCUUGGAUCGGGAGUAGCCACUAGUGAUAGGGCAAAAAUAGGGAGGAAGGACAAAGGAAAGACACAUUCCUACAUUAAAUCAAUUGAUUCGUCAUGGUAGAGAA